GCUUUUAAACAUAGUUUUGGCAGCGCGAAACGUCAAACCGCCUCGGAGUGGCAAAGCGCGUGGAUCGUUCCGCGAAUUUCACGGGAAACAUUGACCGAAAUCCCUGUUUCUCCCGAGCGGUAUCUUGGUCAUUCGUGAAAUGUGACAUCGGUAAACGAGGCUUUCCUUAGUCGGUCGAUCGUUUCAAGAGGUUUGCCCGCGACACGAGUGUAAAAUCGUUUAAACAAAGAAGGUCGUCGAGGUAAUAAUCGAUAUCGGGACGCGUGUGUGUUCGUUCCUGGAAGCCUUCUCUUUAGUGACUUGUCUUGGAACGGAAAGGAAUAGCGAAGAGUUCGAGGAGGGAGAUAAUGAAAAGUGCAUCGGAGAAACUCGACAAGGAGAACCAGCGGCCGAUGGAGACGAGCCACGAGGCGGAGGAAAACUCUCAAGAUGCCCAGGACGAAGAUGUGAUGUCACCGAGCAACAAAAGCGUGGACGAGGCUAUAAACGAUGCAUUGUUGGAGAAACUUCGAGGUUGCGCCACGAAACCUCAGGAGACCGGUGAUACGUUCCGAAAUGUCGUGGCGAAGAUUCAAGCCCGAGUUACAUCCUCAGAUCGACGUGUACGGGAACGCACGCUGGAGAAGUUAUGGCGGAAGAAUUCCGGGGCGAUGGAAAUAUUCAUCGCGACACUGGAGAAUUGCAAGGAUCACGUGAUAAACUGCAGUAUCGCCAGCAUUCUGCACGAGUGCGUGUCGCCUCGAUUUCCCAAGGGGAAGAGCAAAGGGAACAAGAACAAAAGUGCCACAAAAACUAGCAGUCGAAUGGCAGUGAUGCAGUUGAUCAAUUUAGGAAUCACGCAGGUGCUGGUUAAGCUUUUGAUUAACCUGCUGCACGUGGACACAGUAUCGAGCGAGGUCCUCACGCAGGAGGUGCUCUGGAUUUUGGGCCAGGUGGCACCGAGGGAUCAGAAGUUCGUGUCCAAGAUGAAACUGCUAAACACCAUUAAAGUGUUCCACGCGCUUCUGAAGCUGCAUUACAACAACAGCAAGACGCUAUUGCCUUUGCUGUUGAUAAUUAAAUGUCUUGCCAGAAACACAUACUCUCUUCAGAUAUUAGUGAAGGACGGAAUCGCCAGUACCAUGGAGAAAACCUUCGUUUCCAUCGGCUACAUGCCGCACCUGAAAUUAAGAAUAUUGUUAGAAUGCUUCAAAUAUUUUACGACAAGCAGAUUGUUCUGCACGAAGUUCGUAAGGACUGGCCUGGUGUACUUGUUGAUGAGAAUCUUCGACAGAUGGGAACGAUUCGAGGGUCCCAUUAAGCUGAAGAUUUUAAACUGUGCCUUGAUCACUUUGCAGCAUCUCAGUGUCACCAAAGCUGGCAGAAAGGCAAUCAAGUCGAACAAUGGACUGCACCUAUUGUACCGGUUCUGCAGCAACUGUCCGGAGGAUAAGGCAUACGAUUGUCUGCUGUCACGCGUAUGCGGGGUUAUCAAUCAAUGUCUGGAGAAGAAGGAGUUGCCGAUACCCGAAAUGUCUCCGGCAAGAUUUGUACUACCAGUAACGAACGUCAGGUCGAACAGUGCUGAGAGUGGCAGCGACGUUGAUAGUCAGGCGAACAGCGUGGCUUCACUUGGAAGAUUGUACAGUGAUCUUGAUUCCGGAGACGAAGAAGAAAGUCAGAACUCGAGGACCGACGAUAAAACAGUUCAUUCGGCCGACGAAGUGGACGAGAGUAAAUUUUUCGCUGGGGUCUUCACAUCGCAGAGAUCGGUGGAGGAUCUGACCGAGUACGAAACAUUCUUCAAGGAACUGAGCAACAUAAAGUCUCAAUUGUCCCUUCAAAAUUCAUCGACAGGUAUAAUCGACUCUGCGAAGGAAAAUAAGUCCAACGUACCUAACACGAAGAUCUGUGAAACGAAGGUUUUCACAAACAAUUCGAUGAAAGAAGAAACGAGCAAGGAGAACGGAAGCAACUCGAUUAAAAUCUUCAACGACAUAUCAUCGAACGUCACGUAUAGACAAACUUAUUGCAUAGUGGCGAGCAGAGUGAAGAGCGUGAUUGGUUUCGUGAAGGUAGCUUACCCAGAUUUGGUCGGUGGCGAUGGUCUAGGAAAAGAUGAACCCCUAAACAGCAAGGACCGGAAGGUCUGUCGUUCGAAGCUUCUGACGUGCGUGGAACGAGGUCUUCACGGUGGAAGCAUAUUGGAAGAGGUGGUGUACGACCUCGACGAUGUAACCUCCAUAGGCGAGCAAAAUUCCGACGACAGACAUUUGUGUAACUGGGACGAGACCAGAAUAGGAAAACGUUGUUCCAACACUAAUCAAUUGCAGUUCGAGUCUCGAUUCGAGAGUGGAAAUCUGAGGAAAGCUAUUCAGAUAGGCCUGAGAGAAUACAAUCUGAUCCUGACGCCGGACGUGAACAGCGGCUCCAGGCACCAAUGGUUCUACUUCGAGGUGUCGAACAUGGAAGCAAACGCGCCGUACACCUUCAACAUAAUCAACUGCGAGAAGGCGAACUCGCAGUUCAAUUUCGGGAUGAAACCGAUUCUCUUCAGCGUGACCGAAGCUCAGCUAGGUAGACCGGGUUGGGUGAGAACCGGCGCUGAGAUCUGUUACUAUCGAAACUGUUACCAACGACCAGCAAAGGGGAAGAAUUACCUAACCACCUCGUUCACGGUCGCCUUUCCUCACUCUUACGACGUCUGUUACCUGGCAUAUCAUUUCCCAUACACGUACAGUCAAUUGAUGACCAACAUCUGGAAGUGGACCAAGAGAGUCCCCGCGAACACUUACUUCCGCGCUGAAACCCUCUGCGAAACUUUGAAUGGCAAUGAAAAUCCUCUUCUAACGAUCACGUCUUUGGAUUCUAAAAGCAAUCCUAUCGAGAAUCGUAAGGUGAUAUUCCUGACGUCGAGAGUUCAUCCGGGUGAAAGCAACGCCUCUUGGGUGAUGCACGGCACCUUAGAGGCACUGUUAGAUAACAGCACUUAUGCGACGAGUUUGCGGGACGAUUACGUGUUCAAGAUUGUACCGAUGCUGAACAUCGAGGGAGUGGUGAACGGCUGCAAUCGGUACGGAUUGACGAACGAAGAUCUGAACAGACGAUGGAGCAACCCUAACAGGACCCUCCAUCCGGUCAUCUACCACGCGAAGGGUUUGAUGGAGUACUGCACGAGGGUGUUGCAAAGACCUCCCCAUGUUUUCGUCGACUAUCACGGCCAUUCACGGAGGAAGAACGUGUUUCUGUUCGGUUGCUCAAGGUCGGGUUCUUGGAGCGCAGCGGACAGGGCGAAACCGGACCAGCCGGUGCAGUAUUUGAUGUUGCCGCAUCUGAUGCAAAGAAUAUCUCCAGCGUUCGCGUUGCCACUGUGCUCAUUCAAGGUCGAGAGGAAUAAGGAAUCCACCGCGAGGGUAGCUAUAUGGAGGCAGUUAGGUGUUUACAGAAGCUACACAAUGGAGAGUAGCUUCUGCGGCUGCGAUCAGGGUCCAUUAGCCGGCUUGCAUCUGGACACGAAACACCUGAAGGCCAUCGGUGAAGAUUUCUGUCAGGCUUUGUCGAUGAUGAAAAACUCGGGCAUUGAUUGGGAUAUCGACAAGUACGUUAACGAGCGGUCGAUGCUGGAGGUCUGUUGCCCCCUAAAAUGUGUUUUGCAGGAUUCCAAAAGGAUUGCAAAAUGCAUUCAAGAUAAAGCAGCGGUGCAUCAUAUCGCUGCUAUUCCUUAGCAAACACCGAAAUAGAUCGAAGGAUUCCCAUGGGAGAUGGUAUUCCAGAGGAGUCAGGGUGUAUGGAGGGCGACAUUUCGUCCAGCUGCGAAUCCGACGAGUCUGAUUUCGAGACUUAAGCUCAUCCUGAAGUAUCAGAUACAUCGACGAUGAUCUUCAUUUCUUCCGGGCCUACGUUGUGCUUCCUUGCGUACAUCGAAGAGGCUAUGCUAGUUUUGGUUAUCGAAUAAAUAUGAACAGAUACCACGGCGAACAUUCUGCACACUUUGAAGAAUUUUUAUUUCAAACCCGUAACAAAUGUCAAGCUAAUUCUACGGAGAAUCCUACCUAGAACCGAAGCGCCGUUUUGUAUACAACUUCGAAAACGUACGCGUCAUCCGUCUUUUAUAUAUUGAAACUUCGAUUAAAUUUGAGCAUCACGGACGAGCAGGAGAGAUCGUUAACAUACGAACGUGUAUAUUCCCUGUAACCGGAAUUUGUGAACUUCGUUCGGGAGGAAUGUUAAUAAUUAACAGAAAUAAUUCAGGCAAUAAGAAGAUCGCAAACUAACCAGUUUGACAAAUAUUCGAAACUGUUAUAAUCAUCUGGAAAACGAAAUUUUCCUUUCCCUUUUCGCUGUUUACUUUGUGCAUACGGUAAUUUAUCAAAUGUGAUCAUGAAAAAUAAAGGCUACUGAUUCAAA